CCUGGAGAUCCCAAAAACUGGAACUAUUUACAACCACCGAACCGACCAAUUCCGCGACUUGUUCCUUUUUCCUCCCUUGUUACUUUUCUUUCCAUUCUCGAACUUUCUUCUUUAAACUCUCGUCACCCACUCUCAAAACUCCCCGUUUUAAACGCAGAUACACGCUUCCCAACGUCUCCUCCCGCCCCGCCAUCAAAUACAUCAUCACCGCCCCUCCUCCUCCAAGACGGUUCAAUGGCGAUGCCUAGCUCCGACAAGGAAAACGACUCGCACGCGCACAUCGAUAUCCAGGAUGAUCACCCGUCCCCGCGCGCCGAGGGAGAGACCAGCCCUGGCCUAAGGAACAGCAAGGGCUGGGACGGCAAGCUUCGGGUCCCCAAGGCUGCUCUCGUGACAAAUCCAGAGGCCCUGUCCGAUCCUGAAUAUUCAGACGACGAGAAUGUCCUGGGCGGCGAGACGAUCAACGCCGAUGAGGACCUCCUCGACGACGAAGACCCCGAGACGGACGAAAUCAUGUGCUCCCACUCCCGCAUCGGCUCGAUAACCUCGCUCCGCCUCGACCGCUUCAAAAAGGCCGCCCGCGUCUGCCUCCGCCAAAACAGCAUCCAGGAGAUCGACGGCCUCUCCGGUCUCGCCGAGACUCUCCAGGACCUCGACCUCUACGACAACCUCAUCUCGCACGUCCGCGGCCUCGACGACUUGACACACCUCACGAGCCUCGACCUCAGCUUCAACAAGAUCAAGCACAUCAAGCACAUCAGCCACCUCAAGGAUCUCAAGGAGCUGUUCCUUGUAGCCAACAAGAUUGGCAAGAUCGAGGGGCUCGAAGGGCUGGAUAAGCUGACUUCGCUCGAGCUUGGGUCGAACCGUAUCCGCGAGCUGAAGAAUCUUGACACCCUCGUUGCUCUUGAGGAGCUGUGGGUGGCAAAGAACAAGAUUGCCGAGCUUUCCGGUCUCGGAGGUCUACCCAACCUGCGCCUCCUGAGCAUCCAGUCGAACCGCAUAACUGACUUGUCCCCGCUCAAGGACGUUCCAACACUCGAGGAGCUAUACAUCUCGCAUAACCUCCUAGAAUCACUGGAGGGUCUCGAGCACAACGUUAAACUACGAGUGCUCGACAUUUCAAACAACAAGGUCACCAGCAUUGAGGGACUUGCACCCCUCGCUGAGCUGGAGGAGCUCUGGGCCAGUUACAACCUUGUCAGCGACUACAAGGAGGUGUCCAAGUACCUUGCGGACAAGAAAAACCUCACGACGGUGUAUUUCGAGGGAAAUCCGCUUCAGCUGCAGGAGCCGGUGGCAUAUAGGAACAGGAUCCGAUUAACAUUGCCUCAAAUCAAACAGAUUGAUGCCACUUUCGUAAGAGCAUGA